UAUUUGUUUCAUACACGUUAUAAAUACAAAGAAAUUUACUGCAUCUGUUGUUAUUCGUCUCUCUUUUGGUUCACGAUAAUGUAAAAAUAAAAUAAUGCCAUUAAUCGACCAGCCGCAGAAGUAUACGCGAUCAUAAUCUGUUUAACUUUCCCCCCUCUAACGCGUUGUCUAUAUAAAAAUCGCGCAAUUAUAUUUAAUCGGCACAUGACCGACGCACAGAAGUAUUUCAGCGUUCGCAAGAACAUUUCGAGUAACUUCACCAGACUUGAGGCGCGAAUCACGAUUCCUGUGUCUUCUUGACACCCCCGGCGACGACAUCGAUUCCUUCGACGAGAUACUUCGUGGCCGUCGUGACGUAGUCGUGGCAAGAGAAGCGGCGAGAACUUUGUGAGCUAUCCAAAGUCGCUUUUUCGUGACGCGAUCCACGAGACAACAGCUGAUAUCUCGUUCGAGGCAUAUAAUUAUACUUCGCGAGAAACGUCAUUACUUUGCGAAAAUUUGCAGAAGUAAAACCGCUCUUCACGCUAAAAGUUAAUCGCAAAAUUAGAUGAGGAGUGUCUCUUCCUCGAAGAAAAUAAUUCACAAGUAUUGCAACGUGUGUAUUUACGCAGCUGAGGACUUUUGACCUAACCAUGAGAAGCAUUUCGUCGGAAUCGUUUUUAUUUCUCUUUACUUUGAAGUUAUUUGUCUUAAUGGGAAACGCAUACCCAGUCAUCGAUAACGAAGAGAUUGUUAAAAAUAAUAGUAUAAAAAGCGCAAAUGUUCCGAUAGAAGAUGCAGUAUCGGUUACACCUUAUACAUGUGUAUAUAUACCGUCGCAUCUGGAUUCAUGUAAAUUUAAUGGUUAUGAAAAAACCAAAGGAAAUCUUCGGAAUCUGGCACAAACAUUAUCAGAGAAAAAAAGGCGCGAAUUAUCGAAAAAUAAUACAAAAUUCUACGCACAUUCACCGAUGCAUCUUUCAGGAAUAGACAAGCGCGUAAAUACUAUAAUAUAUGAAAUACAAAGAUGCGUACCGUCAAGAUUGCCGUUUAUUUUGCCUCGGUGCACAGAUGAAGAUCUUGCCAACAAGGAGAGCGAGAUUCAUCAGCUCUAUCCCUUCGUGAUAAACGGUUUUUCAAAGCCAAUUUAUGAAUUUCCAAUGUAUAAUUUUUCUACACAAAAUCGAAAAAUAUCAAAAUCUGCAUGAUUUAUGACGUAUAUUUGAGUGAAUCGAUCGACUUGCAGCCAUUAGUCAUUAAGCAUAUCUAAUCCUCAUAAUAUUAAACAAAAAGAACACACUUGUUGUCUUUCAUAAAAUUCUCAUCUUUAAACAGAGGUGUCUAAUGUGAAUGAAUCAGAAAGAAACGCACAUAAGCACGCGUUCUCAUACAUAAGAAUGAAAAAAUGUAUAUGUUUUAUAGAGAUAAACGAUUGUAAAAAUUAAUUGAAAAAAUGAUUGGAGAUGUUCAAUCUAAUAUAAGACUGGGUAAUGAGUUGAAAGUAACAAUGAAAACUGCUUUCGCAAUAAGUAACAAUCAAUUAUUUUUAGCAAUAGAUUGUAAGAAAUAAUAUAAAGAUAAUAUUAAUAA